AGCAGAAGAGAAGAUUAUAACUAUAACUCAGCUCUGGAUAGUCCAUGAUCGAAUUUGCUGCUCAUAUUUGGAUUUAUUUUAAAACAGAUUUGCAUAGAACAAGAAAUAAUCGGUUUUUGCACAGUGUUUUAACGUUGUUUCAUGGAGAGGAUUUGUGCAGAUGAAGACAACAAGAUAUGGAAAUGAGCAAUCAGAUAUUACUUCGGCAGUUAAGAGUCGUUCGAUGUGGCUGUUGAGCUGAUUGAGAGUAAAGUCAUCUCUCAUGUGACUGUGAAGAAGCUCCACUGUGUGCCAACCCACCAGCUGUGUGGCUGACCUGCUACCUUGCAAUGCAACAUCCAUCCAGUGCCUUUCACAGCUUACAUCCAGCAUGGGCCACCAGAGAACUCCAGACCCCUCAUCAAAGCACUCAUUUCUUUAAUGAUCAUAAACAUACCUAUUUGUGUCUCUGGCUACUGUUGUCUACAGUAAGCCUUCUGUGCCUUUUCCCUGCCACCUCUGCUGCCACCGUUAGGGUUGGGGUGGUGGGGCCUUGGUCAUGUGACCCCCUCUUCUCUAAAGCCCAGCCUGGCGUGGCUGCGCGGUUAGCUGUGGAUCACAUCAACAGGGACCCCUACCUUUCACAGGGCAUCACGUUUGAUUAUGUCAUCCUGGAGGAAGACUGUGAGACGUCCCAGGCUUUUGCCCGCUUCCUUGGUUUCUACACACGGGCAUCUGGGUUUAUUGGUCCGGUGAACCCAGGCUACUGUGAGGCUGCCUCUCUGCUAGGAAAGAGUUGGAAUAAGGCAGUGUUUUCCUGGUCCUGUAUUGGACAUGAAAUGAAUGACGUCCGUAGUCACCCUACGUUUGCUCGCACCAUGCCCCUACCCUCAAUUGUGCUGCUACGCUUCAUGCAUCACUUUCGCUGGGCACAUGUGGGCAUCAUUACAUCAGCUGAGGAUGUCUGGAUGGAGGCGGGUAUAAAGCUGGCUAAUGCCUUGCGGAGUCAUGGAAUGCCUGUUAGUAUUGUGGCAUCUGUUCAAAAUGAACACACCAGCGUGCGAAAGACCCUGGCAAAAGUCAAGAAAGUUGCAGAUCUCCGCUUGGUCAUCCUCGUUAUGCACUCGCUGUUGAUUGGCGGAGAAACCCAGAAGUUGCUGUUGGAGACGGCUUAUGACAUGCGGAUGACAGACGGCUCGUUGGUGUUUUUAUCUUAUGACACUCUGUUUUACAGUCUGCCCUACCAUCACAUACCCCAGCCAGCCUUGCGCUAUAACACCAAGCUACUACGAGCCUACGAUGCCGUGCUCACCAUCACUAUGGAGUCUCCACAGGAGCAGUCUUUCUACCAAGCUUUUGAAAAGGCCCAGGAGCAAGGAGAGCUUCCCAGGCACAUUAAACCACAGCAGGUUUCCCCACUGUUUGGCACCAUCUACUCCUCCAUUGUGUUCAUGGCUCAAGCUGUGCAAAGUGUGAGAGCUUCAGGUCAGUGGAUGUCUGGGGGGAACAUUGCCCAGAAUGCACGAAACCUGCUAUUCAGAGGUUUUAGCCUACAAGCAAACUCUUCUGACUUCGGCACGCCGGACUAUGUGGUGCUGGACACAGAUGGCUUUUCUUGGGAGCUGCAACCUACAUACCAUAUUGAGAUGCAGACAGAUAUGGUGCGUUUUCUAGGACGGCAUAUACAUUUUCCCCCAGGUGGACCACCAAAAACUGAUUCCAGCUGCUGGUUUACACACGGGAUCAUCUGCCGUGGAGGUGUGAAUCUUUUAGACAUGGUUUUAAUCUUCCUGUCUGGUUUUCUGUUCAUCUUCUUCUCAAUUGGCUGCUCUUACUGCAUCAGGCGUAAAAUUAGUAAGAUCCAAAUGGUGCGGGGUCCCAACAAGAUUUUACUGACUUUAAAUGAUGUCACAUUCAUCAACCCAUCCCUGAGCAAUAAGAAGCUGAGCUUGGAUGACAGCAAGGCCAGUGAUUCGAGAAUGAGCAUUUCAGAGCGAAGCCUCAAGUCUCCAUUGUCUAUUCAGUCGCCAGCCACCUACGAAAAUUCUAAUGUUGCCAUUUAUGAGGGUGAUUGGGCAUGGCUCAAAAGGCUUCCAUAUGGAAAUUUCCGGACUAUCACCCCUCAUACCAGUGAUGUAUUUGAACUGAUGAAAGAUAUGAGGCACGAAAACGUUAACCCCUUUCUCGGCUUCUUCCACGACUGUGGAGUGUUUGCAAUAGUGACAGAGUACUGUUCGCGCAGCAGCUUGGAAGAUCUGUUGCUCAAUGAUGAUGUAAAACUGGACUGGAUGUUUAAGUCCUCUCUCAUUCUAGACCUCAUCAAGGGUAUGAAAUAUCUUCACCAUAGGAAUGUCUGUCAUGGAAGGCUUAAAUCCAGGAACUGUGUGGUCGAUGGGCGUUUUGUGCUCAAGAUCACAGACUAUGGCUACAACGAGGUCUUGGAAGCUCAGAGAUUUCCUUACGUUGAACCUCCUGCUGAAGCCCUUCUGUGGACCGCCCCUGAGAUACUGAGAGGGCCCUACCCUGGUCUUCAUGGCAGUCACCCUGGUGAUGUGUACAGUUUCUCAAUCAUCAUGCAAGAGGUGGUCAUGCGAGGGCCUCCAUUCUGCAUGCUGGAGCACUCUUUUGAUGAAAUUGUCCAGAAGGUCCGGAAGCCUCCUCCAAUGUGCCGGCCCAUUGUGUCCCCGGAUCACGCUCCCAUGGAGUGUAUUCAGCUUAUGAAGCAGUGCUGGAAUGAACAGCCGGAGAAGAGACCCACAUUUGAUGAAAUCUUUGACCAGUUUAAGAAUGUUAAUAAAGGGAAAAAGACCAACAUCAUAGACUCCAUGUUGCGAAUGCUGGAGCAGUAUUCCUCCAACCUGGAGGAGCUGAUCAGGGAAAGGACAGAGGAGCUGGAAAUAGAGAAACAAAAGACUGAGAAACUCCUCACACAAAUGUUGCCUCCGUCAGUGGCAGAGGCUCUAAAGCUGGGCGCUACAGUCGAACCAGAGUAUUUUGACAGUGUCAGUCUUUAUUUCAGUGAUAUUGUUGGCUUCACCACAAUCUCAGCCAACAGCGAGCCCAUAGAGGUGGUCGACCUCCUCAAUGACCUUUACACAACAUUUGAUGCUGUAAUUGGCAAUCAUGACGUCUAUAAGGUGGAGACCAUAGGUGAUGCUUACAUGGUGGCAUCAGGUGUGCCCAUGCCCAAUGGGAACCGACACGCAGCUGAGAUUGCAAACAUGUCCCUGGACAUCCUCAGUGCUGUUGGCACCUUCAAAAUGAGACAUAUGCCUGAUGUACCAGUCCGUAUCCGAAUAGGACUUCACACAGGUCCCUGUGUGGCCGGUGUGGUGGGUUUGACCAUGCCACGGUACUGCCUGUUUGGGGACACGGUCACUACCGCUUCCAGAAUGGAGUCUACAGGAUUGCCGUACAGAAUCCAUGUACAUUCUAGUACAGUGAAGAUCCUGAUGGACCUGAAAUUGGGUUACAAAGUAGAGCUGAGAGCCAGAACAGAACUAAAGGGCAAAGGUAUAGAAGAAACCUACUGGCUGACCGGGAGAGAUGGCUUCACCAAACCGCUCCCCGUGCCGCCCGUACUCAAGUCAGGGCAAAUGGCUCAUGGCUUGCAGAUGGAGGAGAUAGCCGCAUACAAGAAGCGGAAAGCAGAAGCACAGCUUGCAAAGAAGAAAAACUGAGACGCGAAUCAAAAGAUUUUAAGGUGAUGCUUAAGAAGGCAGUGAGGAAGAUCUCCACCGUGCGUCAGGUGGCUCAGCUCCCCCUAUCUGAUGAGGGCAAUGUCAUGAUCCACCAUCACUGAUGACCUUUAACCUUUGCCUUUUUGAUCCUACACCUGCACGCAGAAUGAAUGUGGAGAAACAGAGAACAGGAUAGAAUGAUUGCUCAUUCUCAACCUGUUUUUCUUUUAAAAGCACCUGAAUGGGCAAGCUUGCGAGUGCAGUGUACUGAACAGGAACAUCUCUUUGUUAUGCUAGAAAUUCAGACUUUUUGGUAGAAGAUCGGCUAUGAAGCUUCAAUAUAGCAAGCCGUACUGAAACUACAUGGUAGUUCAGCUUCUUAUAAGCUUCUCAUUUGAAGCCUUGGUGGUCCAGCUCACUCAUCAUGCUCAUCACAAACAUGUACAGCUGUCUGAGAAGCCGCAUAUCUCUAUUCUCUACAUGAAGCUUGUAUAUGAAAUAAACCAAAGUCUCACAAGGAGCUAAAAUUACCCUGUGGGAAUCCAUUACUCAGCACGAGGGGCGUCAGUUCUGGCUCAAAGACUCAACGCAUACAGUGCAUUCACAUCAUUCAUUUGCGGAUUAUCCCUCUUAGUAAACAUAGUAUUGUAACUUAAAUAUAGUAUUGCGAUAAACUAGAGAGCCCACACUAUUGUGCAACCAGUAUUAAUAUGGAGUGUUAAUAUGGUGCAUAUGGUUGUUUGAUGAUUUAUAAUUUUAGAUUUAGAAUUCAGUUUUAACAUGGAAUUUUAGUUGAUUUUUUUUUUUUGGGUGAAAAAACUUUUCCUCAUAGAUGAUCAAUUAGCAUAAUCCAUAAUAGAAUUACCAUGAAAACCCAGGUUACAAAGAAUAUCAACAUUAGAGCUGUCAAAUUGAUUAAUUGCUAUUAAUGGCAUCCAAAAUGAAAAUAUACAUGUAUAUAUUUAAGAAUGUAUACAUAUAUAUAUAUAUAUAUAUAAUGUAUAUAUAUACUCAUAUUUAUAUUAUAUAAAAAGUUAACCGUUUGAACAGUAAGGUUUUUUUUUUAAAGAAGUCUAUUCUGCUGACCAAGCCUAUGUUUAUUUGAUCCAAAAAAUCAGCAAAAGCAGUAAUAUUGUGAAAUAUUUUUACUGUAAAAUGUUUUUUUUUUUUAAUUUUUUAAAUUUUUUUGAAUUUAUUUUAAUAUGUAAUUUGUUUCUGUGAUUUAACAAAUAUAAGCUUGGAGUCUUUUUUUUUUGAAAGAAAUUAAUAAAAGUGAUGAUAAAGACAUGUAUAACUUUACAAAAGAUUUCUAUUUCAGAUAAAUGCUGUUCUUCUGAACUUUCUAUUCAUCAGAGAAACCUGAAAAAAAUUCUACUCCGCUGUUUUCAACACAGAGUACACACAUACGUUAUGUAAACACAAACUUUUAUUUUGGAUGCGAUUAAUUGAUUUGAUAGCACUAAUCAAAAUAUGUAUUAGGAAUGCAUUGUGGUUGUUGUAGAAGCUGAAUUAGUUUUAGUAAAGAUAGUAAACUAUGAUGUGUUCAAAACAGUUCAAAAGUUUGGGGUUGGAGAGAUUUUUUUUAUAUUUUUGUUAUUACAAUUAAAAAUAACUGUUCUAUUUUAAUAUAUUUAAAAUGUUCAUUUAUUCCAGUGAUGGCAAAACUUUCUGCAGCCAUUAGUCUUCAGUCUUCAGUGUCACACGAUCCUUUAGAAAUCAUCCUAAAAUGCCAGUUUAGCGCUCAAGAAAAAUUUCUUAUUAUUAUGAAUGUAAAAAACAGUUGUGCUGCUUAAUAUUUUUUUAAAGUGAUAUAUUUUCCAGUAUUCUUUGAUAAAUAAAAAGUUCAAAGAACAGCUUUUAUUUAAAAGAGAAAUCUUGUGUAAAAUGUAAAAGUCUUUACUGUCAUUUUUGCAUACUUAAUGCAUACUUGCUAAAUAAAUCUUACUGACCCCAAACUUUUGAAUAGUAGCAUAUAUAUUUGUAGUCAAAUACUACUUCAUGUUAAAAGACUGAAUUCUUGAAAUUCUGCAUGUACUGUAAAAAAAAUAAAAAUAAAAUUUGCAAAUACAAUGUAUUGGUUUAUUUAAAAAGACAAGCUAUAUGGUUUAAUAGUAAAAGUGCUAACGUGUGUGUUAUGAGUCUUGAAAUGGCUGUGACCCCAUAGUUAAAGUCAUUCUCUGAGAUGCAAAAGAAAUUCUGAAGCAGUGAAAUACUGUAUAACAGUGCCCUCUUGUUAUUGUGUCAGUAAACGCAGCAGAUGGCGACCUACAUUAU